AUGAAUCCGUCGCGCCCCGGAGGAUAUGGCGCGCGGUCAGGCCGCUACGGAGGGGCAGCCGGGACACCCGCGGGAGCGGGGAAGGGGCCCGGCGGACCGUCGUCGCGCAGCAAUGCGGCGCUGCAGGCGCAGCAGCGGCUCCGCGCGCUCAUGUCGAACACGGCGGACGAAUCCCAAGACGACUACGGUAGCCAGCUCCCCAGGUCCGCCGGGGUGAUGCGCCAGCCGCCCACUGGGGGCGCGAUGGGGCGCACGCGGCCAGCGGGGGGCGGAUAUGACGCGCCCGACCCCAUGGGGGAUCCGUACCGAGGGGGGGGUGGCAUGGGCGGCUACGACAUGGGGCGACGCCCGGAUACAGUAGCGUCCCGGCAGGAGAUGGAGAGCAUCAAGCGCGAAUCAGCCAAGCUCAAGGACGAUCUGGAUGUUCUUACAGAGGAGAACGAGUUUCUGGUCGAUAAGCUGCGCAUGGCAGAGGAGGACCUCAAGGAGAAGCAGGCGCGCGUGCAGGAGCUCGAGAAGCAGGUGGCGAAGAUGGGAGAAGGGCUCAGUCUGGAGGCCCGCCUUCUCAACAAGAAGGAAGCCGUUCUCAAGCAGCGUGAGGCGAGUCUGAAGGAGAUGAAGGACAAGAGCAAGGACGUGAAGGAGGUGGAGAUCACCACGCUCAGGAUGGAGCUCGAGGUGAGCGGUUGGUGUGCCAGGGAGAUGAAGGACAAGAGCAAGGACGUGAAGGAGGUGGAGAUCACCACGCUCAGGAUGGAGCUCGAGGUGAGCGGUUGGUGUGCCAGGGAGAUGAAGGACAAGAGCAAGGACGUGAAGGAGGUGGAGAUCACCACGCUCAGGAUGGAGCUCGAGUCUCAGAGGGAGGAGGCGGCAGCAGCAAUGGAGGAGGCGAGGCAGGCGAGCGAGGAGGUGAGGGCGCUGAGGAGCCUGACUGCGCGCAUUCUGCUGACUCCCGAGGAGAAGGAGGAGGUGGUGCUCAAACGCUGCUGGCUCGCGCGCUACUGGGCUCUUGCCUCUCGCCACGGCGUGCAUGCUGAGAUCGCCUGCUCUCGCAGCGACCACUGGCAGAAAUACUCGCCUCUGCCCUUCGAGGUGGUGAUAGACGCUGGCAGGAAGGCCAGGGAGGAGCCUGAUGGCGGAGAGAAAGAGGACAAGCCAGCAGCGGUGGGAACGGAGAGCAACAUAGAGAGCAUGUUUCAGGUGGAGAAGGCACUCCGAGACCUGGCAGCACUCAAGGUGGAGGAGGGCGUUCUCCUUGCUAUGGCACAGCACCGCCGCCCCGCUCUGCUCAAAGUGCACUCGGCUCCCUCAGCUGCCGAAGAGGGUCCAAGGAUGGUCGAGUCUAUGGACCUGAGCGACGAGGAGGUGGAGGAUGUGCGCUUCAAGCAGAACUGGCUGGUGUACUGGUGGCGACGAGCUCGUGACCACAAGGUGGAGCCGGACAUUGCGGCCGAAAGGCUGGCGUACUGGAUCUCCAGGAGCACCGUGAAACCGACCGCGCACGAUGCUGUGGAUG